GUCCACCACCCCCAGCAAAGUAACAGUGACCACCUAUUCUCUCUCUAGAACUUUAGAGAGAGAAACAGCGGGGGUGGUCAUUCCCUUUAUCUCAUCAACACCUGUGCCGUGCCCCUCUCUCUCUCUCUAGAAUAUAGAAGAGCUCAACCAAAUUUGAUCGAAAAUCAGCAGCCUCUACAUCCCUCAAUCAAAAUCCCCCAUCAAUGCUACUUCUUCCACACGCACAAUAAAUUAGAUCAAAACCCUCUCCAACUGUAUUUAGAAUAUUACCAAAUUUGAUCGGAAAUCAAAAGAUUCAAAAAAAAAUAAACGCCUCAAUUCUCCUUUCUCACACAGUCGCACGCACAUAUUUACACACACACGCAUAUCAGAGGAGGAGGCCGACCAUGGGAUUUGAUAAAGAAGCGAGCUCAUCCUCCCAUGUCCUCCAAGUCCCUUCUCUACCCAGAGAGGACACUCCACUCGUCUCCAAAUCCAGACACCUCUCGUCCCAAUCCAAGACCUUCGCAAACGUCUUCAUCGCCAUAGUCGGCGCAGGUGUGCUCGGCCUUCCCUACACCUUCAAGAAGACCGGUUGGGUCAUGGGUCUUCUCAUGCUCUUCUCCGUCGCCUACCUCACCUACCACUGCAUGAUGCUACUGGUCCACACUCGCCGGAGACUCGAAUCCCACCACGGAUUCACCAAGAUCAACUCCUUCGGCGACCUGGGCUUCGCCGUCUGCGGACCCAUCGGCCGGGUCUCCGUCGACAUCAUGAUCGUCCUCUCUCAGGCCGGUUUCUGCGUCAGCUACCUCAUCUUCAUUGCCAACACCUUAGCCUACGUUUUCAAUGAAACUUCACCAAAUCUCAGUCCCAGAAUUUUGGGGGUCUCGCCCAAAUCGUUUUACAUCUGGGGUUGUUUUCCUUUCCAAUUGGGAUUAAAUUCGAUUCCGUCACUGACCCAUUUGGCUCCUCUGAGCAUUUUCGCCGAUGUAGUUGAUAUUGGAGCGAUGGGUGUGGUGAUUGUUGAAGACAUCAUGAUCUUUCUGAAGCAGAGUCCUGUUUUGGAAGCAUUUGGGGGGUUUUCUGUGUUCUUCUAUGGUUUGGGUGUGGCGGUUUACGCAUUCGAAGGGGUUGGAAUGGCUUUGCCACUAGAAGCAGAAAUGAAAGACAGAAGCAAGUAUGGCAAAAUCUUGGGGUUGUCAAUGGCUUUCAUUUCUUUGAUGUAUGGAAGUUUUGGAGCUCUGGGUUACUUUGCAUUUGGUGAAGAGACCAAAGACAUAAUCACUACCAAUUUUGGGAAGGGUUUGGUGAGUGGUCUGGUCCAGAUGGGUCUCUGUGUGAACCUGUUCUUCACUUUCCCUCUGAUGAUGAACCCGGUCUAUGAGGUGGUGGAGAGGCGGUUCUGUGAAGCUAGGUAUUGCGUGUGGCUGAGAUGGGCGGUGGUUUUGGGGGUGACUUUGGUGGCGCUUUUGGUGCCUAAUUUUGCAGAUUUCUUGUCAUUGGUGGGGAGUAGUGUCUGCAUUGUUUUAGGGUUUGUAUUGCCUUCUUUGUUUCACUUGAUGGUGCACAAGGAAGAGUUGGGUUGGAAAGGGAUGGCGUUGGAUGGGGGAAUUGUGGUGGUAGGGUUGGUUUUUGCAAUCACUGGAACUUGGUCUUCCUUACUGGAGAUAUUUGCAGCCAAGGCUUAACCAUCAAUGUUUUUCUUUUUUUCUUUAAUAAAAACAAAAUUUGUGUAUUACUUUGUAUUUUUUAUGAUUUAUUUUGAGUAAUGUCUACGUUGCAUUAUUAAGAUCAAUUAUAAUCAAAACAACUAGUGUUUGAUUUA